AUGUUACAUCCCUCCAAGAUAGAUCUUUUUGGUCCAGGAGGCAGGUUACAGUGUGCUGGACAAUUUAAGACAGCAGUGACACAUUGUAACAAGAAGUAUGAGGUUGAUAUUUUUGUGAUUAGCGGAGAUUAUGCGAGCAAUUUGCUGGGUCGUCAAGCAGCCUGUGAAAUGGGUCUAGUUGCGAGAUUAGAAGAGGUGGAUGCUGAGUUGUCUGGAGAUAUAGAUCUGUUUAAGUGUGAGCCAGUAAAGAUUUAAUUGGAUGAGAAUGCUGAACCUUACUGUAUCAACGCAGCAAGGAGAAUUGCCUUCCCUCUCAUGCCAAAGUAAAAGAAGAGCUUAAGCGGAUGGAAGAAGCCGGCAUCAUCGAAAGAGUAACCGGGCCAACAGAAUGGUGUGCAACCAUGGUACCAGUACAGAAAAGUAAUGGGAAGCUUAAGAUCUGUGUCGAUCUGAGAAAGCUGAAUAGUGCUGUGAAUCGCGCAAGAUUCGUAUUGCCUACCUUGGAAGAUGUUGCCCCAAAGCUCGUUAGUGCUCAGUACUUUUCCUAGCUUGACACAGCAUGUGGAUCCUGGCAAAUACCCCUACAUCCAGAUAGUGCUAAGUUGACCACAUUGACUCCAGUGGGGCGAUUCUGUUUUAAACGACUACCAAUUGGAAUCAUGAGUACCUCAGAAAUUUUCCAGUGUCUAAUGACGGAUAUGCUAAGGAAUGAAGAAGGUUGUGAAGCAAUUAUGGAUGACGUCAUUGUGUUUGGAAGGUCAGCUGAGGAGCAUGAUGAAAACUUAAAUAGAACAAGUCAUCAAGGAGUCAGAACUGGAAGAGAAAUGUGAGAUCAAGAAGGACAGUCUAACCUACUUUGGACAUGUCGUCCGUGUAGAUGGACUAAGUCCAGACCCUGAAAAGGUGAAAGCGAUCACAGAGCUUCAAGCACCAACGAACUACGCAGAGUUAUUGGUAUGGUAA